AUGCCAUCCUUGGCUUUCCUUCCCCUCGUAUCCCUUCUGGUCUUCGCUUCACCAUCUUACGCAGCUGAGGAGAAACCCAUCACUCCAUCUUCGAUUCGUGGAUUGAACCCCGCAUUGUACGAUCGAUAUGAACCUACGCCGGGCGGUAUAUUUCGAUGUUUAGAUGGAUCCAAAGCGAUUCAUUAUUCAGCUAUAAACGAUGACUAUUGCGAUUGUCCGGAUGGAUCAGACGAGCCUGGAACUUCAGCUUGUUCGAACACUUCGUUUUGGUGUGAGAACAAAGGUCAUGUACCUGGACAAGUGCUCAGUAAUAGGGUAAAUGACGGUAUCUGUGACCCGGAAUGUUGUGAUGGGUCAGAUGAAUGGGCGACAGGAGCAUGUAAAAAUACUUGUGAGGAAAUAGGAAAGAAACACAGGGAAGAAGAAGAAGCCAUACGUAAAACAAGGAAAACAGGAGCAAAGAUACGAGGAACAUACAUUAAAUGGGCACAAGGAGAGAAAACACGACUUGAAGCGGAACUGGGUCAGAAAAAAGGACAAGUGGAAGAAAAGGAAAAAGAAGUUGAAAAAGCUAAAGUUGCUCUUGAAAAGACUGAAGCCAGAAGCAAAGAAGAUUUAGAGAAGAAAAAGAAAUCUCCACUAUAUCAAUCUCUUUUAACACAUCGAACAACACUUACUAGACUUCAAAAUAAAUCCAAAAGACUUCAGUCUGAAUUAGAUAGUUUACAUUCUAUUUUGGAUGAAUUAUCAAAAGGUUAUAAUCCGAAUUAUCAAGAUAUGGCUGUUAAAGCUGCGGUAGUAGGAUAUGAAGAAUUAACAGGGAAAGCAGUUCCCAAAGAAGGUGAUUCACCAGAAGUGAAACCUGAUGUCGAAAAUAUCAAAACCGAACAAGGUCAAGGAGAAGUGAAAGAAAACGAAGAGGAAAUCAAAGACUGGGAAUUGGAUGAAUUACAAAGAAAAGAUCUGGAUAGUUUGCUCUGGGAAAGUGGAGAUGAUAACGAUAAUAACGAGGAUGACGAUGAUGAAGAAGAAAAUGGUUUAUUGUGGAAGAUAGACGAAUAUAUCCCUGAUUCGUUAUACGAUUCCUGGGAAUCAGUAAGAGAUCUAGCUAUUGAAUGGAUGAUCAGAUUAGGUCUUAUAGGAAAGAAAAAGGCUUCAAAAACUACUUCGACUGAGAGACCUCACGUGGCAGCAGCAAGAGAGAAACAUCGCAAUUUAUCCAACGAAUUGAACAAACUACAUAACGCAUUAUUCAAUACCGAAGAAACGUUGGAAAAGAUGGACAAAGAAUAUGGACCUCAAGCCGAAUGGAAGAAAUUGGAUGGUGUCUGUGUUGACAAAGUCGCUGGCGACUACACCUACGAAUUGUGCUUCUUCGGGAAAGCUACUCAGAGAUCUAACAAAGAUAGUUCAUCGAACCAUAUGGGCACUUUCUUUGAGUGGAAUUCAGCUGCUGAUCAAGGUAGUUUACCAUAUUAUUCCAAGCAAUUAUAUAAAAACGGUGCAAAAUGUUGGAAUGGACCGAAUCGAUCUGUUUUAGUUGAUUUGUCGUGUGGAACUCAAAAUGUUUUAUUAUCAAUUUCAGAACCUGAAAAAUGUGAAUACAGAUUCAAGGUUACUUCCCCAGCUUUAUGUUGGCCGGAUCCAAUGGGAUCAGGAGCUGAAACUACUAAAGGUGGUGAUAUACCUGUGCAAGGUCAAGAUGUCAAAGAGGAAUUAUAG